AGCUCAAUUUCAUUGACAGUCAGGCACGUAACUACGAAUACAUCCGACACUAACGACUGUUUCUUACAUUUCCUAAUUUACAAUUCAGUGACAAGUUGCCAUGAAUAGCUUGAUGAGCAUAACGACAGUGCAGGGAAUCUAGCUGCGCCAAAUGUUCCUGGUUGAUUGCACCUGUGUGCGUCACAUCGUCUUCAGGAAUCUAUACACUUGGCAAUAGUUGCGAUUUGGUUUUCAGGGCUGUUCUUCACUAAAUUGCUCCCUUCCCUCUUGUGUAGUCAUUGAAACUAUCUGGUAAUGCCUUUCAGUCUUUCCAAAGUGGUUAAUAUUGACGUUGGCCACAGAAGCACAUCUGGAAAGCAUUACACAUAACGCUAAGAGCGCAUCGAAAGCGGACCAAAUGGAAAAGUACUCCUACGUCCGGGGGCCAAGUACGUAGAACUGACCAUCACACGGGCGCCAUACGUGGAUCGUGUAAUCUGGUGCAGAUCCUUACUGUACAUCAGUAAUUGUUUUGGCCUCCGGCUGUUCAGUGAAGUGGCAAUGGACAGGAGUUGGAUGGAAUAGAAGUGUUGACCAGGCAAAUGCGUUUGGAAGCAUCGGCACGGAAGAGCUUUUCAUCGAUCCACCAUGAUAUCUGAUAAGUACUGUCAGACUCGUCAUAGUAAUGGGAAUAUGGUCCCUGUUAGUCGUGUCAGGGCGUCAUUGUCAGUGCGCUGAACUGGAAGCGGAUGACAACUCCAGGCCGCAAAGCCUAUUUGACCUAAGCUGCAGCAUACCGUAAGCCAAUACCUCUCAUUGGCUGGGAGGCUUAGACAACCUUUGGGGAGGACGGGCUAAGCCCUGGAGUAUACACACGUGAUAAUAUUGACAACGUCUGAUUGCUCUAUGAACUCAGCCUGUCAGUGAUCAGCUCGGCAGGAACAGGAGAGGCUAGCUGUACCCACCGAAGAGCUGAAACCUGCUACCGAGGACUUGAAAUAUGCUCGUUCAUAUUUCAAGGGCACAUUCGAUUUUCCACCGACCAUCUGUUUUCGUUGCCGUGAUCUGUAUGUGGGCGAUUCUCUUCGAGGGCUGUCUGUCACAGGAAGGCAUCGGGUUUACCCUACCAAGAGGAGUGCAGACGACCCUGGGGGACCCCGUGACUCUCGCGGCAUCCUAUUCUACAAACUACGCCGUCAUCUCCGUCACGUGGUACAAGGUCCACGAGAGCGAGACUUCCUCAGAUAAAAGAACUACCGUGUUCUCGUAUGUUCCUCUGGCAAAUAUCAAGAAGGCCUAUGGGGACUACAAAGGAAGGGCUCAACUUGUCGGAAUGGCGUCUCUGCGGAUAGACCCGACAAGACUGGAGGAUGAGGGGACCUAUUCACUCUCCAUCAUGACGGACCAACUUGGGAACGAAGAAAAGUUCAUCCGUUUAGAUUUGUUUGUGCCACCCAAGUUGGAAGUGGGCCCGUCCAAUCCUUACGUCACAACCCUUGGCACGACAGUCACAUUGACAUGCAAAGUCAAGAAAGCCAAGCCGAACGUAUCGUCUCUUCAUUGGGAGAAAGAUGGUGGUCGGAUAGAAACCAGCGGGCUAUCCGGGAAGUAUUCAGGAGGAAAUAAAGAGAAGCCGUCAUUGACUAUACGUCACGUGACCAGAGCAGAUUCGGGGUUGUAUUCCUGUCUUGUGCAGCACGUGACCCGACCGGCUCUGGCCAGCAUACAUCUGGAGGUCCUUUAUCCAGCGUCUAUUAUCAGUAUUUCAAACCUGGCUGAGGUCAGCGUCGAGAAUCACGUGACAUUUCAGUGCGUCGCGGACGGAAACCCGCCACCAAACAUCACGUGGUCAAGAGGAGGACGACUUCUCCCUUCAAAUGUCUACUCCUUGUCACGUGACGUGCGCACCAGCUCAUUGGUCCUGAAUGACGUCAAUGUGAACGACAGUGGAAUCUAUACCUGUAGUGCGAGCAACGGUGUUGGGAAAGUUGGGAGACGGACAACACAGUUAGUUGUUUUAGUUCCAGAAAAACGAACGACAUCCGCAACAUUUUCCACAGUGGCCACGGUAAUCGGGUCCUCAGCGGCGGUUCUCUGGUUGAUCAUCUGCGUAUCCCUGGUCAUGUUCCUUGUGAAACGGCACCGCAGACAGGGAGAAGAGAGGAAGAAAUUCUCAUCACUGUACAACAUCGGUCUAGCGGGGACAACGUCACCGAGUGAAGCCGAUGAAAAGAAAACAAACGUGUGUAAAGAAACACCGGACAUGCCAAAUGAUACACAAUCGCCAAGUAGAGAAAUAGCAACAACAAGAGGAACCAAACGAACUGACAGGAGAUGUGCCAAGGUUCUUUACGACUACAAACCACGAGAGGACAAUGAGCUGAGGCUUGAAAUCGGAGACAUUGUCGAGAUUCUAGAAGGAGAAGAAGGAACCUGGUGCCUGGGGUAUCUCAGAGGCCGGAUGGGGCUGUUCCCUUCCAACUACGUGCGCUUCGUCCCUAUAACUGAGGUAUCACCGUCAACGUCACUUUACAUUCAUUGUAUCUCAGAAGACAAUGGCAAAUCAGUGAAGGACCAUCUAUAGUUUCGAGUGUGCGAGUGACUUCUUGGAGGUACAUGCUGACAUCUGCAGAACUUCCUUUGUAACGAUUGCAGAGAUUUCAUGGACGUUAAAAGACUGCACUAUUUUUGUGAGGUCUGUCAUACAUAUGUUAAUACGGAUCGAAGCAUGUCUGAAAUCAUUGCGGGCUUUGAUGAAUAUUCCGAAAGUUACGUCUAACGUCUGACCUUCGACAACUAAAUAUUCUGAAGGGUUUGCAGUCCUCAUUUUUACAGAUUUUAUUUUUAUCAAGGGUCUUUUUCUAGAAAUUUACAUAAAAGCUGGGCGAGAGGAAGUUCGAUCUCCAUACUUCACAAGCAAUAUAUUUAGUGAGAUUGGUCCAGAAGGGAAGUCAGAAAGGAAAAAAAAGGCUUGAUUGCGACAUGUGAUCUUUACAAAUCACCAUAAUUCGAAAAUGUGUACAUGACAUUGUGUAGCUCGUUACGAUAGAUACAGAUUUAUCCUUCAAAAACACUUAACAUAUACAACAUACGAGGUGCCCUUACUGGUACCUCUGUAACAUUUAUGAACUUGAUAAUCUCACACUCAAAGCCUACUUUGUUCCUACAGUGUAACAAUGAUUUUCCCCUUCUUUCUUCUCAGAAGUUUUUUUUGUAGCUUGAGGCUUAAUCGUACUGGAAAAUCGUAAGAUAAAUGUGAUGUUACGAGAACACAAAAUAAAGACCAUGGAUUUAUACUAAUGUAA